AUGGAUGAAUUGGUGGAAUGGUGUAGAGAAGUCGGACGCGAAAAUGGCUAUGCCAUCGUCACCAAACGCACCAUCUACGAUAAACCCCCAAGCGGCCAGCCGUUAAAAAUUUGGCUUACGUGCGAUUGUGCCGGCCAGCACAACUCAACAGCCACGGUCAGACGGAGCGGGACCAGGAAAACCGGUUGCAAGUUCCAACUAAUCGGGACAUACAGAAAGAGGUUAGGUCAUUGGGAUCUAAGGGUUGACGUAGCUAAACAUAACCACGAACCCUUUCUGUAUCCAGAGGGUCAUCCGUCCCUAAUGAGGCUGACUCCAGCAGAAGAGAGGACGGUGGAGCAACUUACACAUCAGAACAUAAAACCACGAGACAUUCUUGCUCCCAUUAAAGAACAUAACCCCCAUAAUGUCUCAGCAAGAAACACCAUAUACAAUGCUCGGGCCAAAUUGGGUCGAAUGGAACAAGUCGACGAGACUCCAAUGCAGAUACUUUUCGACCGGUUGGAGAAGGUUGGGUUUAUUUUUUACCAUAGAACAUCUGAAAACGGCGAACGGGUCGAGGAUGUUUUCUUCAUCCACCCGAACUCGAACAUGUUAGGGCGCGCCUUCCCGCAUGUGUUGCUUAUAGACGCCACCUACAAGAUGAAUCGGUACAAAAUGCCGCUAGUUCAGAUUAUCGGUGUUACAUCCACGUUGAUGUCGUUUUGCAUUGCUCAUGCGUUCAUAAGCAACGAGAAAUAG